AUGCCACGUCCUCCUAGGCUCGGUGCCACUGCCAUCGUCUUUGGCUUGCCAGUCCUUCUCCAUACCUUCAAUUUCGCCUGCAACGACAAGUCAGGCUGCCCGGCCCCGUCCCUCCUCUACCCCAAGUCUCUCGACCUUGCAACAUUGAAGGAAGAAGUCGGCUGGCCUGCUGACGGGAUAUGGGGUCUUGGGAGCUGGCGCGCAUUUGGCUGGACUCUGGCGUACUAUGCCUUCAGCGCGAUCCUGUACCGCGUUCUUCCGGCGACCUUGACAGAGGGAACCAAGCUGGCGAACGGCGGCCGACUUAAAUAUCGGUUCAAUGCCUUCAACUCGACCAUGUUCACCUUGGCCAUCUGCACGGCGGGCACUGUUGCUCAAGGGGCUGAGUUUCCCGUAUGGGCGUUUAUCUCAGACAAUUACAUGCAACUCCUGACCUCCAACAUUGCCAUUGCCUACGCUCUUUCAGUAUUCGUCUACGUCCGCAGCUUCAGCGUUAAGCCUGGCAAUCCCGAAUAUCGAGACCUGGCGGCCGGGGGACAUUCGGGAAACAUCAUGUACGACUUUUACAUUGGCCGCGAGCUCAACCCUCGCAUCACGCUUCCACUCAUUGGCGAGAUCGAUAUCAAGGAGUGGAUGGAGCUACGGCCUGGGAUGCUCGGCUGGAUCCUGCUGAACUGCUCAUUUAUUGCGAAGCAAUACCGUCUCUAUGGCUACGUCACGGACAGCAUUCUCUUCAUCACAGCUAUCCAGGCGUUCUAUGUGCUUGAUGGCCAGUUCAUGGAACCUGCGAUCCUGACCACUAUUGACAUUACGAACGACGGCUUUGGCUUCAUGCUUGCGUUUGGAGAUCUCGUGUGGGUGCCAUUCAUGUACUCUCAGCAGACUCGCUAUCUCUCCAUGCAUCCAAAGACGCUCGGCGUGCUGGGCAUUGCCGUAGUUGGUGCCGUCCUGGCCACUGGGUUUAGCAUCUUCCGGCUGUCCAAUAGCCAGAAAGAUACCUUCCGGACCAACCCCAACGACCCGCGCGUCGCCCACCUCAAGUACAUCGAGACCAAGGCCGGCACUCGGUUGUUGGUUUCCGGCUGGUGGGGCGUUGCCCGUCACAUCAACUACCUGGGCGAUUGGAUCCAGGCUUGGCCAUACAGCCUUCCAACUGGCCUCGCCGGAUACACCAUCCUGUCUGCCGGCAGCAAUGCGCCCGGUGCCCUCAAGCUAGUCGACGGCCGCGAGGUAGUUCCAGGUGCCGCCGAGGGAUGGGGAAUGUUAUUCACGUACUUCUACGUUGUCUACUUUGCGGUCCUGCUCAUCCAUCGCCACGGCCGAGACGACGAGAAGUGCGAGAGAAAGUACGGUGAGGAUUGGGAGAAGUACAAGAAGAUUGUGCCAUGGAGGAUCGUACCGUACAUCUACUAA